GUGAAGCCACCUGGUGCAUCUAAGGCGGACACUUAAAAGGAGAAGGCGUCACGCACUGUGGGACCCUCAGGAAUGCCAAACAGAUUUUCCGGAGGAGUUCAAAGGCGCUGGAGCCGACCAAUGGCUCGUUUCCGUUCCCUGCGCCGUCCCCUGCGCAAGCGCAGCGACGGUUCUCGCGCGGCCAUUGGCUCGGGCUAGGGGUGGGUCCGGGACCUGCGUGCGGCGGAACCUUUUCCUCCGUGCUCCAGGUUGCGCGGGGCGCAUCUCUGUGACGCGUUUCCGGGCGCCCUACUUCCGGGGCAUGCGGCGCGGCGAGCUGAGUUUUAAACAGCCAUGGCCCUGCGGGUCUGGCGUCAGCGGACUCUGAAGCGGUGUCUGGACGAGGUUGGUGAGAACACAGGCCGGCCGGAGGGCUUCCUCACGAUUCAAGAUGAAUUGGCAUCAAGCUUCACUUCCUUGACAAAAGUGCUUUAUGACUUUAAUAAAGUGCUGGAGCGCGGCAGGAUCCCCGGGAGCCCUUUACAGAAACUGGUGGUCGACCGUUUUGACGAGGAGCAGAUUUGGCAGCAGCUGGAGCUGCAGAAUGAGCCGGUGCUGCAGUACUUUGAGAGCGCCGUCCGUGAAACCAUCGAGGACGGAGACCUCAGCCUUCUCCCGGAGGAGGAAGAGCAGGAGGGUGCAGAGGAUGGCUCGGAGAUGGAGGCUGAGGGCCAGGAGGGCCUAGGACAGGAGGAGGAGGAGGAGGAGGAGGAGGAGGAGGAAGGGUCAGACCUGAGUGGUGAUGAUCCCAAAGGAGAGGAGACAACCAGACACCCCGGCCAAUGUGAUCUGAGGAGAAGCCCUGUCUUCAGCGAUGAGGAUUCUGACCUUGACUUUGAUAUCGGCAAGCUGGAACAGCAGAGCAAGGUACAAAGCCAAAGGCCCAAGAAGCCCAGGGAGAAGUCCGUAGUGGACGACAAAUUCUUCAAACUCUCUGAAAUGGAGAGCUUUUUAGAAACCAUGGAAAAAGAAGAGGAACGAAAAGGUGACGACAAGGACGAGGACGAGGACGAAGAGAUUGAUUUAUUUGAAGAUCUUGAUUCCGAUGGAGAUGAGGGAGGACUGUUUGGGCGUCAAAAACCUAAGUCGGGUAAAAGUUCCAGAAACCUGAAGUACAAAGAUUUCUUUGAUCCGGUUGAAAGUGACGAAGACGUGGCAGGUGCCCCCGAUGAGGAACUGGGCUCCAGUGAAGAAGAGGGAGAGCGUGCUGAACGAGGAGCAGAGGAGAGCCUCUCGGACACGGAUGAAGAGAAUGGCCUUGAAGAAACUGAAGACAAUAAACAACGUAAAGAAUCCGCGAAGAGGGUGACCUUCGCCCUGCCAGAUGACGAGGAAUCUGGAGAUGAUGAGGAACCUGAAGAGACAAGCCUCUUAAAUGCACAGAAAGAUCCUGCUGAAGUUAAGUCCUCCUUUGAAAAAAGACAGGAAAAGAUGAAUGAAAAAAUCGCGUCUUUAGAAAAAGAGCUGCUGGAAAAGAAGCCGUGGCAGCUUCAGGGGGAAGUGACGGCACAGAAGCGCCCGGAGAACAGCCUGCUGGAGGAGACGCUGCACUUCGACCACGCCGUCCGCAUGGCGCCGGUCAUCACGGAGGAGACCACGCUCCAACUGGAAGACAUCAUCAAGCAGCGGAUCAGAGACCAGGCGUGGGAUGAUGUCGUCCGCAAGGAGAAGCCCAAGGAGGACGCGUUCGAAUAUAAGAAGCGGCUAACGUUGGACCACGAGAAGAGCAAGCUGAGCCUCGCGGAAAUAUACGAGCAGGAAUACAUCAAGCUCAGCCAGCAAAAAACAGAAGAAGAAGAAAACCCAGAGCACGUGGCCAUCCAGAAGAUGAUGGACUCUCUCUUCUUAAAGCUGGACGCCCUCUCCAACUUCCACUUCAUCCCCAAACCCCCCGUUCCGGAGAUUAAAGUUGUGUCCAACCUGCCGGCCAUCACCAUGGAGGAAGUCGCCCCCGUGAGUGUCAGCGACGCAGCUCUCCUGGCCCCAGAGGAAGUCAAGGAAAAAAAUAAAGCUGGAGAUAUAAAAACCGCUGCUGAGAAAACAGCCACAGACAAGAAGCGAGAAAGGCGGCAAAAGAAACUGAGGAAGCACAUGAAACUGAAGGAGAAGGAGAAGCGCAGGAGACUCCGGGAGAAGAGCAGCGCCGAGCCCGCGGGGAAGCUCAGCAAGGCCGCGGCUUCGGAGCAGCUCAGGCAGCUGGCCAGAGCCGGCAAAGCCUCGCUGCUGAAGGAUGAAGGUAAAGACAAAGCCUUAAAGUCCUCUCAAGCUUUCUUUUCUAAGUUACAAGAUCAAGUGAAAAUGCAAAUCAGCGAUGCCAAGAAGACAGAAAAGAAAAAGAAGCAGCGACAGGACAUUUCUGUCCAUAAAUUAAAGCUGUAAUAUACUUGGACUAUAAUGUAAAUAUGAAUGUAAGUUUAUAUUCAGUCACCGUUCUGUUUUAUAAAUAAAGUUUUUUGAGAACUCUG